AUGUCUUUCUCGCUGCUCAGUUUCUACCGCAUUUUGCGCUCAGCCAGCAUCCUUCCCGCCUGCCCUCUUCUCCCUGUUCCUCUAUCUUCGUACCGCUUCCUCUUCUUCUUACUGCCUCGUCAAGCCCGACUGUCCUCCUCUCUCCCCCCUGUCCUCCUCUCUCCCCCCUGUCCUCCUCUCUCCCCCCUGUCCUCCUCUCCCCCCCCUGUCCUCCUCUCUCCCCCCUGUCCUCCUCUCUCCCCCCUGUCCUCCUCUCUCCCCCCUGUCCUCCUCUCUCCCCCCUGUCCUCCUCUCUCCCCCCUGUCCUCCUCUCCCCCCCCUGUCCUCCUCUCUCCCCCCCUGUCCUCCUCUCUCCCCCCUGUCCUCCUCUCUCCCCCCUGUCCUCCUCUCUCCCCCCUGUCCUCCUCUCUCCCCCCUGUCCUCCUCUCCCCCCCCUGUCCUCCUCUCUCCACCCCUGUCCUCCUCUCUCCCCCCUGUCCUCCUCUCUCCCCCCUGUCCUCCUCCCCCCCCCCCUGUCCUCCUCUCUCCCUCCUGUCCUCCUAUCCCCCCCCCUGUCCUCCUCUCCCCCCCCUGUCCUCCUCUCUCCCUCCUGUCCUCCUAUCCCCCCCCUAUUCUCCUCUCUCCCCCCUUUUAUCAUCCCUUCCUCACUCCUCUCAUCCGUUCCUCCCCUCUCUCAGCCCUUCCUCCUCUCUCUUGUCGUUUUUCAACCCUGUUAUUUCCUUCCCACCUUCCAUCUGA